AUGCGUCCCGCUCUCGUUAUGCUCGCCGGUCUGGCGGGCUCUGCUCUCGCCUACCCCACCGACAUGGCCACAGAGAAGCGUACCUUCGGUCUCCUGGCUGAGAUCCUCGGUCACGCCGCUGUUGACGUUUCUUCCAUUAUCGAGGCCGUGCUCGGUCACGGUCACUCCUCGGCUUCCAUUCUCGCUGGUCUGAGCGCUGAGGGUGCUGCUGCCCUUGAGGGUGGUGCUCUUGGUUGCAAGGCUGGUGCUAUCCACGCCCACGCCAAGGCCGCUCUCCGCGCUUGGUUGCUCGUCCACGCCAAGCUGGACGUUUCUCUCAAGAAGCAUCUGAUCGCCUGGUGCGAUGGUGAUGCUGAACUUGUCCUCUCCGCCGAUGUCCUCGCUGGUCUGUCCGCCUACAUCCCCGGAUGUGCUGAGAUUGCUGCCAAGGGUCAGCUCUACGUUACCGUUGAUGGUAUCUUUGCUGCUUCCAGCCUCGAGUCUGCCCUCGUUCUGAGCCUCAGUGCCCAGUCUUCUCUUUCUGCUUGGCUCGAGGCCAAGGCUGGUCUUGAUGUUGGUGUCAAGGCUGGUCUCGGUGUUUGCGCCGCUGGUGGUGUCAUUGGCUCUCUGUCUGCUGACAUCAAGGCUUCCCUCCUCGCUUGGGUUGAGGGUGGUGAGUGCGACCUUUCUGCUGAGCUCAAGGUCUCCGUCCUUGCCUGGAUCAAGGGCCACGCCGGUGGUCAGCUCGUUGAGCUUGGCUCUGUUGGUGCCGGUGCUCUCUCCACCGUCUCCAUCGGUGCUUCCAUUGGCGUUCACGUCGAGGAAGCUGGCCACCUUUCCGUUGGUGGUAAGGCCUCCCUCGCCGCUUUCCUCGAGGCUUCCAUUGGCGCCCACCUCGGUGCCAACGUCCAGCUCGGUCUCCAGGCUGCUGCCAAGGGCGAGCUCGCUACUUCCGUCGAGCUUGACGUCCGCACUCAGCUCGCCAUCUGGCUCUCUGGCUCCGACUGCACCCUGGGUGUUGAGCUGAAGGCUGUUGUCCUUCUUUGGCUUUCUUUCGCUGUUGAGGCCGAUGCCUCCGCCUCCCUCAACCUUGUUGGUGGUCUCCUCGGCGAUGUCUCCGGUAUCCUUACCGAGACUGUUCUCGCUGGCCUCAGCGUCGACCUCCGCGGUGCCCUCUCUCUCUGCGCUGCCGGUGGUAGCAUUGCUGAUCUCACUUUCGGUGCUCGUGCUGAGCUUGCUGCCUUCCUCAGUGGCUCCACUGAUGUCAACAUCGACAUUAGCAUCCAGAUCAUCUUCCUUCAGUGGUUCACCGGCUGCAGCAUCCCCGGUGCCCCCACUCCUUCCUCCUCCGUCCCCAGCCUGCCUUCCAGCACUCCUUACAAGGCCAGCACCUCCGCCAUUCCCUCCGGCCCCGGUGCCUCUGGCUCCGUCUCCGUCCCCGGUGGCCCUGCUGAGACCCCCUCCGGUGUCUCUCCCACUGGCACUCCUAUCCCCAGCGGCCCUGCCGGCUCUGUCUCUGUUCCCUCCGGUCCUGCUCCUUCUGAGACCCCCUCCGGUGUCUCUCCCACUGGUACUCCUAUCCCCAGCGGCCCUGCCGGCUCUGUCUCUGUUCCCUCCGGUCCUGCUCCUUCUGAGACUCCCUCCGGUGUCUCUCCCUCCGGCACUCCUGUCCCCAGCGGCCCUGCUGCCUCCACUCCCUGCGACACUGAGACUUCCGAGGUUGUUCGUUCCACUGUGAUCCCCGGCCCCAGCGGCUCCGGCUCCAUCACUGUCACCAUCCCCGUUGUUCCCACCGGUACCUCGCCUGCUGAGACUCCUUCCGGCCCUGCUCCCUCUGGACCUGCUGGCUCCGUCUCUGUUCCUUCUGGCCCUGCUCCUUCCGGCCCUGCUGGCUCUGCCUCUGUCUCCGUCCCCGGUGGCCCUGCUGAGACUCCUUCCGGUGUCUCCCCCACUGGUACUCCCGUCCCCAGCGGCCCUGCUGCCUCCACCCCCUGUGACACUGAGACUUCCGAGGUCGUUCGCUCCACUGUCAUCCCCGGUCCCAGCGGCUCCGGCUCCAUCACUGUCACUGUCCCUGCUGUCCCCACUGGCACUGCUCCCGCUGAGACUCCCUCCGGUCCCGCUGAGACCCCCUGUGACACUGAGACUUCCGGUGUUGUCGGCUCUACUGUGAUCCCCGGUGUCCCUGCUGAGACUCCCUCCGGCGUUUCUCCCACCGGUACUCCCGUGCCCUCCGGCCCCGCUGACACCACCCCUUGCGACACCUGCCACACCGAGACCACUGAGAUCGUUGCCUCUACCGAGAUCACCGGUGUCCCCGUUCCCUCCGGCACCGCCCCUGCUCAGACUCCCUCCGGCCCCGCUGAGACCCCCUGCGACACCGAGACCUCCGGCGUUGUUGGCUCUACCGUGAUUCCUGGUGUCCCUGCUGAGACCCCCUCCGUCCCCGCUCAGACCCCCACCGGUGUCUCCCCCACCGGUACCCCCGCUGGCUCUGGCCCUGCUCCCUCCGGCCCCGCCCCUACUGGCUCUUCCCCCAGCGGCCCUGCCGAGACCCCCUGUGACACCGAGACUUCCGGUGUUGUCGGCUCUACCGUGAUCCCCGGUGUUCCCGCCGAGACUCCCUCCGGUGUCUCUCCCACCGGUACUCCUGUUCCCUCCGGCCCCGCUGGCACCACCCCCUGUGACACCGAGACCUCCGACAUCGUCGGCUCUACCGUCAUCCCCGGUGUUCCCGCCCAGACUCCUACCGGUGUCUCGCCCACUGGUGUCCCCGUUCCCUCCGGCCCCGCUGCCUCCGGCCCUGCCCCCAGCGGUCCCCAGGGUACCGGCUCCGUCCCCAGUGCUCCCUGCGACACUGAGACCAGCCCCGCCCCCACCAGCCCUCCCACCGUUCCUUCCGGUGGUGGCUCCGGCAACGAGGUUGUCACCGUCACUGCGACUGUGACCGCCACCGUCUGCGGCUGCGACGAGUAA